AUGGCUGCCAUGAUGGAUACCGCUCGGCCAGCCCUAGUCAGCGAUGCAGAUCUCAUGCAAGCACGAGCAGCUCUCCAGCAUCAGCAGAGUCCAGAAGUCUCAGUUCCUCGCGAGUUUAUCUCUCUCAUUGUGGAUGAACUUAUUUACCGCCGCGAGUCGCAUUCUUCCACAGCGGAAAUCGAACACGAACGCUCAAACCUUCAGAAGGAGCUCUGCAAACAAACCCACAUCAAUGAAGCAUUCCAGAAAGAACUGCGGGAGAUUGGCGAGAUCAUUACCCAGGUCGCCCAUGGCGAUCUAUCACAGCGGGCCCGCAUGCACCCCCUCGAAAUGUCGCCUGACAUUGCUACCUUCAAGCAGACCAUCAAUACCAUGAUGGAUCAGUUACAGGUUUUCAGCCAGGAGGUGUCGAAGGUGGCCAGGGAAGUCGGCACGGAGGGUGUGUUAGGUGGCCAGGCAAAGAUUGAGGGCAUUCAGGGAAUUUGGCAUGAGUUGACCGUCAACGUGAAUGCCAUGGCCAACAAUCUCACCACGCAGGUCCGCGACAUCACCACCGUGACGACCGCGGUUGCCAAGGGUGAUUUACAGCGCAAGGUGCAGGCAGAUUGUAAGGGUGAGAUCUUACUCUUGAAGAAUAUCAUCAACUCGAUGGUCGAUCAGUUACGGGAAUUUGCAUUCGAGGUUAGCCGUGUUGCCCGCGAGGUCGGGUCAGACGGUGUGCUCGGCGGCCAGGCUGUUGUGCACGGUGUCGAGGGUACCUGGAAGAAUCUGACUGACAAUGUCAACCGCAUGGCCUCGAAUCUUACGCAGCAGGUCCGCGAAAUUGCCGAUGUGACGACCGCCGUUGCCCGUGGCGAUCUUACGAAGAAAGUGACUGCGGACGUGAAAGGCGAGAUUUUGGAUCUUAAGCUUACGAUCAAUGCAAUGGUUGAUCGGCUGAAUCAGUUUGCGUUUGAGGUCAGCCGAGUCGCGCGGGAAGUGGGAACCGACGGCACGCUGGGCGGGCAAGCCCAAGUCGAGAAUGUCGAAGGUCGCUGGCGCGAUUUGACGGAUAAUGUUAAUACUAUGGCCCAAAACCUCACUCUGCAAGUCCGUCAAAUCUCCAACGUGACCCAGGCCAUCGCGCGCGGCGAUCUUAGUACCAAAAUCGAGGUUCACGCACAGGGUGAGAUCUUGACUCUGAAAGAAACAAUCAAUAGUAUGAUGGACGGGUUGGGGAAAUUCGCGGGGGAAGUUAAAGGCGUGGCAAGGGACGUGGGUGUCCGGGGUAAACUCGGCGGCCAGGCCAACGUUGCGGGAUCUCACGGGAUUUGGAGAUCGAUCAGUGAAGAUGUCAACACGAUGGCGGACAAUCUAACCUCUCAAGUUCGUGCCUUUGGUGAGAUCACCGAGGCGGCGAUGAGUGGUGAUUUCACAAAAUUGAUCACUGUGUCUGCCUCUGGGGAAAUGGACGAUUUAAAACAAAAGAUCAAUAAGAUGAUCUCGAGUCUGCGCGAUAGCAUUCAGCGCAAUACCGCUGCUCGUGAAGCAGCAGAGCUGGCAAAUCAGAGUAAGUCUGACUUUUUGGCUAACAUGAGCCACGAGAUCAGAACCCCGAUGAAUGGGAUAAUUGGGCUCUCGAGCCUGGCACUCGACACUGACGACCUCCAGGCUCCGGCGAGAGAGACUCUGAAUAUGGUACACAAUCUUGCCAUUAGUCUCUUAACUAUUAUUGACGAUAUCCUUGACAUCUCCAAGAUCGAGGCUAACCAUAUGAUAAUUGAAAAGACACCGUUCAGCCUUGGUGCAACAGUGUUCAGUGUGCUGAAAGCCCUCUCGGUGGAAACCAACGAGAAAGCAUUGGGUCUCAUAGAUGGAGAAGUACCGGAUUAUCUGAUCGGAGAUGCAUAUCGACUACGGCAAGUCAUGUUAAAUCUAGUCGGCAAUGCCAUCAAGUUCACAGACCACGGCGAGAUCAGAGUGACGGUAAAGCAUGCACACGACGACAAGUGCGCUUCAGAUGAAACGGCAUUCCAGUUCUCAGUCUCAGACCCUGGAAUCGGCAUUGACGAAAGCAAAAUUGGCUUGAUCUUUGACAAGUUCCAGCAAGCUGACGGAUCGAUGACUCGUCGCUUUGGCGGGACAGGUUUGGGCCUCGCAAUCUCAAAAAGGCUUGUUUCUCUCAUGGGCGGUGAUAUCUGGGUGACCUCGAAUGUGGGAGAAGGCAGCACAUUCUCAUUUACCUGCCGAGUGAAGCUAGCCCAGCCGCCGAUGAGCUUUGCAGACCAGCUUGCCCCCCACCGCGGCCGACGGGUUCUCUUCUUCGACCACGGUCUUGCGCGUAGCUUCCCAAUAGCUUCGGUUCUCAUUGAGCUCGGAUUAGAGCCAGUCAUUGUCAGAGAGGAGGAGUUACGAGGUGGCCAGUUCAAAAGUAACUGGGGCUGUACUUUCGACGCAAUCCUCAUCGAAAACUUGGACAUCGCCGCAAGACUCCGAGCCUGCCCGGACCUCCAACCAAUCCCACUAGUCAUUACAUCAUACACCGUAUCACUGGCGUUGAGAGCUGCCGGUGAACUCGGCAUAGCAUCCUAUAUUACAGUGCCAUGUCGACCCAUCGAUCUGUGGAACGGCAUUCUUCCUGCCCUGGGCAACCGCACAACCCGCACCCCAUCGGGGUAUACACGCUCGUUAGCAAUCCUUCUAGCAGAAGACAAUGAUGUGAAUCGAAAGGUCGCCGUCCGAAUUCUGGAGAAAUUCAAUCACAACGUCACUGUCGUGGAAAAUGGCCUCCAAGCCGUGAAAGAGGCUAAACGCCACCGUUAUGAUGUGGUCCUCAUGGACGUUCAGAUGCCCGUUAUGGGUGGAUUUGAAGCCACAGAAAAUAUCAGACAGUACGAGAAGAUGAAUGGGCUUCCUCGCACGCCGAUUGUUGCCCUCACCGCGCAUGCUAUGCUUGGAGAUCGAGAUAAGUGCAUAGAGGCUGGGAUGGACGAUUACUUGUCUAAACCGUUGGACUCUAAUCGCAUGAUGCAGACUAUAUUGAAGUGCUCUGCUAUGAAUCUUGCCUCGCUCCCUGCUGUUGAGGGCUGA